AAAAAUAUUUUACACCCUUAGAUCUUUUGAUCUCCUAAUUAUAUAAAAUAUUUUCUUCUACCGUUUGUCUAUAUAACCAUAUGUGUUGUCUAGUGCAUGUAUUCAGCCACGAAUAAGAGAAUAGUCUACUAAAUCAAUGGCAACUUUACGUAUAAGUUCAGCUCUUAUUUACCAAAAUACCCUCACCCACCAUUUUCGUCUUCGACGUCCUCACCGUUUCGUAUGCAAGUCCAUGACCAAAACGACGCCGGAUACUACUCUUGUUGAACUCAGUCGACGCUCCGGAAACUAUCAACCUUCACCGUGGAACCAUUGUUAUCUCCUCUCCAUCGAGAAUAAAUAUGCGAGUGAAACAGAAGUAAUAACUAGAGAUGUGUUGAAGAAAAAAGUGAAGAGCAUGCUUGAUGAUGAGAAGAAGAGCCGUCUCGAGCAAUUAGAGCUCAUCGAUGAUCUGCAAAAACUUGGGGUUUCGUAUCAUUUUGAGAUAGAAAUAAAUGAUACUUUGACAGAUCUUCAUCUUAAAAUGGGAAGAAAUUGCUGGAAAUGUGACAAGGAAGAAGAUUUACAUGCAACCUCACUCGAAUUCCGACUUCUUAGACAACAUGGUUUUGAUGUCUCAGAAAAUAUAUUUGAUGUGAUCAUCGACCAAAUAGAAAGUAAUACGUUCAAGACCAACAAUAUAAACGGUAUCAUUUCUUUGUACGAAGCGUCGUAUCUUUCCACGAAAUCGGAUACUAAAUUGCAUAAAGUCAUCAGACCUUUUGCAACAGAACAAAUAAGAAAAUUUGUUGAUGAUGAAGAUACUAAAAACAUUGAGGUACGAGAGAAGGCGUAUCAUGCCUUAGAAAUGCCGUACCAUUGGAGAAUGAGAAGGCUAGACACGAGAUGGUACAUAGAUGCAUAUGAGAAGAAACAUGACAUGAAUCUUGUCUUGAUCGAGUUUGCAAAAAUUGAUUUCAAUAUCGUACAAGCUGCUCAUCAAGAAGAUCUCAAAUACGUUUCAAGAUGGUGGAAGGAUACAUGUUUGACUAACCAACUUCCCUUUGUAAGAGAUAGAAUAGUCGAGAACUAUUUUUGGACCGUUGGAUUAAUAUACGAACCACAAUUUGGAUAUAUCCGACGGAUCAUGACUAUAGUUAAUGCCCUUGUUACAACCAUUGACGACAUCUACGAUAUCUAUGGCACUCUUGAAGAACUAGAACUAUUCACUUCCAUGGUUGAAAAGUUAAGAAAUAUUCUACCUUUUUUUGGUCAAUCAAUUGGUUAUUUUGCAGCUGUACCAUGGUCUACCACUAGACCAUUAUUACAGAAAUCUUCUACUUAAGCUUCUUCAUUUUCUUGGUAUAUUAUUAUAAAAUAAUAACUGAUCACACACACACACAUAUAUAUAUAUAUAUAUAUCAAAUAAUUUUUUGCUUUUCGUAUUAUUGCGGUUGUUAAUGUAAAGAUUUUUGAUAUAUUCUACCUUUUAUAUCUUAAGUGUUCCUUACAAACUACAGAGACAAUAAUCUUGUUUUUGCUAAGGAUGUAGACAUUUCUUUACAAAUGAAAAAUUUAUGAUUUACAGAAAGUGAAUCCUAUGUUAAUAAUAAUUAUAAGAAUUUUGAUCACAUAUUUUCAUGAUUCGUUUUAAUGUAUAUAUUAACAAUACAUAGUAUUGUCUAAGCAAAUUUGUUUAUGUAUUUUCAGUUGGGAUGUAAAUCGUCUUGGUGAGCUUCCCGAGUAUAUGAGGUUGUGUUUUCUUAUUUUAUACAAUGAAAUCAAUGGCAUUGGAUGUGAUAUACUCAAAUAUAAAAAGAUUGACGUCAUUCCUUACCUCAAGAAAUCGUGGGCAGAUUUAUGUAGAACAUAUCUAGUGGAAGCAAAGUGGUACAAAAGAGGAUACAAACCAAGCUUGGAAGAAUAUAUGCAAAAUGCUUGGAUUUCAAUUUCUGCCCCAACAAUAUUGAUCCACUUUUACUGCGUUUUCUCUGACCAAAUCUCAGUUCAAAACUUAGAGACUUUGUCUCAACACCGACAACACAUCGUCCGAUGCUCAGCCACCGUUCUUCGUUUAGCUAACGACCUUGGAACUUCGCCAACUGAAUUGGCGAGAGGAGACGUUCUCAAAUCGGUCCAAUGUUACAUGCAUGAGACCGGAGCUUCAGAGGAAAGGGCACGUGAUCACGUGCAUCAGAUGAUUAGCGACAUGUGGGACGACAUGAACUCCGAAACAAAAACGGCAUGCAAUUCUUCGUCACGUUCUAGAGGUUUUAAGGAAGCUGCAAUGAAUCUGGCACGCAUGUCGCAAUGCAUGUAUCAAUAUGGUGAUGGUCAUGGAUGCCCUGAAAAAGCCAAGACCAUUGAUCGUGUCCAAUCCUUACUCGUUGAUCCAAUUCCAUUAGAUGUAAAUCGUCUUGGUUGAAGUGUAAGGACUCUACUACAUAAAAUCAUUUGUACAAUGAAAUCCUCAACCAUAAAAAAUGUUGACGUCAGCCCCUUUCUCAAGAAAUCAUUAAGUUAAAUUUCAUAUUGAUGUAUAGAUAGAUUAUGGUUUAAAAUUUCUUUAUGUUAUUGUUCAGUAUAAGCCCUUCUCUGGUACUGGGAAAAGCAGCGAACUAAGGUUUUGAACCCCCCCCCCCCCCCCGACCUCAGUUCUCCUGUGCCCUAGCUGAGACUUAUUGCUUAGCAGUGAUAACCUCCGCACUACGGCGCUCCAAUGAACAAGAGUUCUCCGCCUUAGUAUAUUUAGAAGAGUGGUUUCAUCUUAGUGGGCAGAGUUAUGUCGAACAUAUCUAGUAGAAGAAAGGGGGUACAAAAGAGGGAUGCAAACCAAGCUUGGAAGAAUACACGCAAAAUGCUUGGAUUUCAAUUGCUGACCCAACAAUGUUAAUUCACUUUGACUGUGCUUUCUCUGACCAUGUCUCAAUCCAAGUCUUGAAGUUUAUCACAACACCGUCAACAAAUCCUCCGUCUAGUUAAUGACCUCGGAACUUCGCUAAUAAAUAACCAAUCUUCUUACUUCUAGUAGUGUUGAGUUAUAAAAUCAAUUUAAAUAAUCAACCUACUAACUUCUAGUUGUGAGUGUUUGAUUAGGAUGAAUUGGCAAGAGACGUUCUAAAAUCCAAUGUUACAUGCAUGAGACC